GCCAUCACCCCGGCUGUGCGACAAGCAGUCGAACUUCACCUCUCUGCAACUGCAUACAUACUAUCUCUCUCUCUUCUUGUACAACUGGUUUCACCGCCUCCGCCAGAGGGAAAUGCGCGCGCCGAAGACGUCCGCACCGGCCUUCCGGCCUACUUUGCAUGGGGCGUCCUCCACGCCUCGCCGCGGGAGAAGCAAACGGCACGCGCGGCGGGAACACACAGCAAUGACGCCAACUGUCCCACCGUUCUCCUCCUUCACAAAAACGUCGUUACCCCCCGGAGUGGUGCGCCUCAGCAGCUUCAUUUCGCGUGGCGUGUGGCGUGUCUUGCACCAGAUGCGCUUCCUCACCGUGAUCUUCCGUCUCGUCCAGCACGUCCUUUUUCGCGUGCUGGCGGUGCUGCAGUACAUCAACGACUUCCCGCUGCGCAUGCAGUUCCGUCGCACGACGCGGCGCUUUCUAUCCGUCAUGAACACCACCGAAGACUACGCGACCUUUGUCGACGCGGCAGCGAGUCUUGACCACUACUGCGGUGUAGCGCAGUGGGCACAGGAGGCACCGCCGUUGGUCAAGUGUGAUGCGGUGGGUCUGUUGGCCGAUGCACUGGCCGCACAGCAGCUCGUCGAGACGAACAAUGUCGCCGCGAUGGAGGUGUUUCUCUGCUCCCUCUUGAAGCGCAACGCACACGGGUUAAUGGAUCCAUCCAUCUACAACUUUUUCAACUGCCCGAAGCACUGCAUUGAGGAUUACACAACGUGUGUGGAGGAGCUCAUAGUGGCCUAUGCCACAGCAGCCCCUUCCGACGGCGACAGCGCAGCAGGGGAGAGCCCGCCGACAAAGGCUAAGAAGGCGGGGAAGGCCAACGCUGCCGCUGCCGCUGCCGCGACGCCGCAUCAACUCCGUCCGUGCUGGAUGCGCAUGGACGCCCUGCAGUCGCAACGCAGCGGGGACAAAGCGCCUCACUUUCCCUUUUCUUUUCAGUGGGAGGCGUCCAAGGCAAUGACGUCAGCAGCGGCGGCAGCAGCAGCAGGAGUGAAGCCGCUGCCGUCGUCGACUCUGCCGACGGUGGACAUCACGGCAAAAAUCCAACACGCGUGGUGGCGGACGUUGUCGGCACGCGGAAACGUGGAAGCUGCGCGGCACGCUUCUCCGCCGCCAUCUGCCGCCAGCAAGGUCUUUCGGUUUCACUCCAUGAGUCGAUACUCCAGCGACGCAGGAGGCGACAUUUGUUCUCCGCACCCUCACAGCGCGGCCUCCACCAUCGCCCCCACAUCGGAGAGGAGCGUCGGGGGUGGAGGUGGCGGUAGCGCUCUGGCAGGGACCAGGAGUGGCGCUUCUCGCCUGUGUGUUGGUUUUGCCUCCGCUGGCGAGGUGGAUGGUUGCAUGGGGGAAGAGGAUGUGCCGCAUCGCUCCGCCAGUGCUGCUCCUCGGUCCUCCGUUGCGCCGGCUGAAGCGGACUUUGACAAACGAAAGGGCGAGGCGCGUUCGCAGCCGAACUCCCGGUCCCUCAUCUCCCUCGGUGUACUAACGAAGCCGCAGGAGCCGGUCACUGUACGGGCCGCGGUACGCAGCGGUGCCACUGACUCCUUUUCGAGUCCCCGCAUCACAUCGCCGGCUUCACUGCCGCACGCUGAAAGCGCACUCCUCGCCCACAUCGACACAUACUGUGCCUCCUUACAUCGCUUCAUGGACAGCAGUGCAUCAGUGACACUCUCUCCUCUGCUGCCCUCUCCGCGUCCGUCGCCGCCCACGCAGCGUCGCAUCUGCAUCCUGCGCCAGGUGCUGCGCUCCUUUGGCCGUACCGCGCUCGUGCUCAGCGGUGGAGCGUCGAUGGGCACGUACCACGCCGGGGUGGCCCGCGCUCUUUACGAGGCGGGUGUCAUGCCAGACAUUCUCAGCGGCUCCUCAGCCGGUUCGAUCAUCGCGUCACUCAUUUGCUCCAAAACCCCCGCCGAGCUGCACUCCUUCAUCCAGUCCCAUGUGCUGUCGACCGAGGCGAUGCAGAUGUCCCCUUUUGGCGAAGACGUCACUCUGGGAGACAAGCUGCAUCGCUUCUUCAAGACGGGCUUCCUCAUGGAUGUGCGCACGUUCAUGGAGUGUAUGCGCGGCCAGAUCGGCGACCUCACCUUUCGCGAAGCCUUCGAGCUCAGUGGGAAGGUGCUGAACGUGUCUGUCACGCGAAGUCAGCACGAGGGCACGCACGCGGAUCGGCAUGCACUGCUGAACUACGUGACGGCGCCGGACGUGGUGAUUUGGAGCGCCGUCAGCGCCAGUUGCGCACUGCCGGGGCUCUUCACGGCGGUGCAGCUCAUCGAAAAGCCGCCCUCCGCUGCGGGUAGCUUUGCGCCGUACUUACCGGGUGAGUUGUGGUGUGAUGGCAGCGUCGCCCAAGACGUUCCACGCCGUCUCCUGACGCAGCUUUUCGGUGUGAACUACUUCAUUGUGAGUCAGGUGAACCCGCAUGUGAUUCCCUUUCUCCAGCCUCCUCCAUCCUAUCUGGUGGUGACAAACAGUUCUUCAGUGCUCACAACGAUGUGGUUUGCGACGGUGGCGCUCUGGGGGUGGCUGCUGACGGUGCUAUUUAGUCUGCGCUUCCUGUCCAUCAACGGACCCUUUGAGCUGCUGUUUCUCGCGUUCGCGCAGGACUACGGCGGUGAUGUCUCCAUUCACCCGGUGGAGUCACUCCUGACAGCCGUGCCAGACUACUUGAACUUGGUGAACAACCCUUCAGCGGAGUACAUCAGCUACGUUUCCUCACGUGCGCAGUGCCGAACGUGGCCGCUGGUGACGCGCAUCCGUUUCGCCACAACGAUUGAGCGUCGCCUUCUGCGGGAGCUUCAACGCCUGGAGAGCGCAGCGUACGCCAAGUCGAAGGAGUAUUCUAAUAUCCGCUGA